CUUCAUAACAAAGCCAUUGCAUGCUUACCCUUAUAACUAACCUAUUCUUCUUCCAUGGUUGCAUUUCCUGAUCACCCACCGAUCCAUUUUAAUUUAUAGUCUCUUUCCAUUUUCUUUUAUACUUCUCUCUCUGCUUCCUCUCCCUCUCUCUCUCUCUCUCUCUCUCUCUCUCUGCCUGUUGAUGAAGAAAUGAAAGAUAGAAUGGAAAGGUUUGUUGUUCUUCCUUUCUCUGUUGGCUGUAUCUCCGAAGCCAGUGUUGCAGUAUCUGUUCAACAGCGACCUAGACGAUCGAAACCAGUCACAAACCCAUCCGCAAUAAGAAGUAAAGAAGAAGAUGACUUGGAAAGCUUGUCAGGUGAAAGCAACUCAGUCGGGUUCCUGGUUAAUCAAAAGCCGAAUAUAACGACUGGUUUUAAUAAAUUGUUCAAGGGCUUCAAGAACUUCUCUCAAUUGUUUGUGUACAAGGAAGACUUGGAAGAACUGGAGAUGGAGAUGGAAAUAGGGUGUCCAACAGAUGUAAAGCACGUUACACACAUAGGAUGGGAUGGUUCUGAUAGUGCUGCAAACCCCAUGAUGGGCUGGGAGAAUCUCAUUCCUCCUGAGUUUCUGUCUCUCUCUUCUGCUAAUUCUUUCAAGCAGUUCGAGUUUUCCGGGGGGGCGCAAACUGAUGCAAGUGCUCUUGUUAAUGGUUCCAGUUCUUGAGUUUGUCAAGUUGGUUAUGGUGAAUGAUGUUCUAAAAACAUCAAGACAUUGCAUGAUGUUAAUAUGAAAUGAUCUUAGGUACGUAUGUAUUUAAAAGUAAACAGUUUGGGAUCAUAUUCUCUCCCUGAUCUUUUCAUGCAUGUAUAUGUACUUAAGUCUCCAUUGGGGAUUGCUUAAAAAUUACUAUUGUAAUGGCUACAUAUCUAUAUAUAUAUUGCCUUUGGAAAUUGUCAAA